AUGCCAAUCAAAUGGAUUUUAAACUGGCAGCCAAAUGCAGGCACAACAGUCAACACUCAAAUACUGACAGAAGUAUCUCAAUGUGUUGAGAGUAUUAAUGGUGUUAAAGAUGGAACAUGGAAAAAUACUCUUAGCUUUUAUAAGCCUAUACUCAAAGAACAAGCAAAUGCAUCGGAGUUUCCCCAAAACUAUUUGGGGAUUUCACUUCAAGAACAGCCUAACAAGUAUUAUAUGAUAAUUAGAGGGCAACAAUUGAUUGUCGAAGCAGAGUCAUCUAUGCAGACGAUAAUGGAGACCUUGCAGUCUUACAAAUUAAGGGUUGCACUUAAUUUUGAGGGAUUUCAGUAUCAACUUGGUGACUUCAGGCUGCGAGUGGGAAAAGUUGUUCCAAUUAACUCUGAGAACUUGAGGGGAAUAAUUAUGGAGAUGGAGUAUCUACCGAUUUCCUCAUGGGAAACAUCACACCAGAUUAUGGGUGAAUUCUUCGACAUAUGGAAGGAAGCUCUUGGGAAAAGAUCAUUACCAGGUCAUUUUGUGCACAUUAAACCAAAUUUUGCAGAGUAUGGCCUCUCUGAUCAGUACACUUCACAACACACAGCUGUACAAUAUGAUAGCAUCAUAACUCAAAUGGUAGCAACUGCUAUAUCAUCACAAAGAGUGAGAAAUUAG